UAAUAUACUCCUGCACAAACUAAUACUCCCUUCCUACAAACCCUACAUCAUACAAAAAGGGCCUCUCUCUCUCAAUCGGCGGAUUCGCUCCUUCCUCACCGCUCCACCACGUUUCCUCGCCGGAUUUCCUUACCGUCCGCCUGAUUCAUAAGCCUCAGGUGCUCUAUUAUAGCUGAAAUUAUAUGCUGUUGUAAAAUCAUGUUAGCCCUCGCCGGACCAGAGGAAUUAGAGGAUCCUGCAUUCAAAUGGGAUAAGAAAAGAGGAGUGGGAAUGAAGAAUAGAAAUAUCCAGUUUUAUGAGUCAUUUAGUUAUGAUGGGGUGGAUUAUGCGCUGUAUGACUGUGUAUACAUGCACAUGCAAGGGGAACCCACACCUUAUAUCGGAAAACUGGUUAAGAUAUGGGAACUUGCCGGAGGUACUAAAAAGGUAAAGAUUCACUGGUUUUUCCGGCCAUCGGAAAUUUCUUAUUAUUUGAAGGAUGUGAAGGUGACAGAGAACGAACUAUUUUUCGCUUCUGGUGACGGCAAAGGUCUGACUAAUGUCAACCCACUGGAAGCCAUUGCUGGAAAAUGCAGUGUUAUCUGCACUUCAGCUGAUAGUAGAAAUCCACAGCCUUCAGUCAAAGAACUUCAAAUGGCUGAUUAUGUCUUUUACCGCAUCUUUGAUGUUAAGAGCUGUACUAUAUCAGAUAAAUUUGAUGAUAAAGUUGGUGGUCUUGAAGUUAAUUUUGUAUUCAACAGAAAAGAGGCUGCUGAGACUCUAGAUGGUCCCAAACUUGUUAUCGGUGAAAAAUAUGAGGGCAACAUGGUUGCAUUCAAAGAAACACCACAGAUUGCAGGCCCCGCCUUAAAGGAGACAUGUGACAAAAAUCUUGGGAGCAAUAUCUGUGAAAAGAAAGAUAAGGUUAAGGACAUAGAGUUUCCUGUCAAUCAGGUUCAUGUUGAAAAGGGAGUGAAGCAUGCACAAAAGUCUUGUGAUUUGGACGAUGCACCAUCAAAGAGAGUGAAAGUUGGCAAUUCAGGUUUGUCAGAGUUAAAUGGUGUAGAAGGUGUUAAGAACUAUGUUGGGUGCAAAAAAGAUGCGAAUAAGAAUAAGUCGGAAAUCUCAAGUCCUUUAGAUGGGAAGAGUGUUUCCUUGCCUGAAGAAGCAUCAAUACCUGGGCAGGUUGAGGAUGUUGUUUGGCAUAAAAAAAAUCUCAAAUUAAACAAUAAUUCGAAUGUGUUGCAAGGAAAGCUAUCAAGCCCACAUGAUAGAGGAAAUUUGAUUUCUUGUGGGGAAAAGACAUCACGAACCAUUGUGGGAUCAUGCGACGUGACACAAAGGCCAUCAAUGACCAAUGUUUCACCUAAGGAAACCCCAAAAAUAAUGCCUACUAGCGACAUGGAUGGAUCCGAACCUGUUGCAAACCCACCUCAAAGUUUAUCUACUUCAAAGAAAAGGCCAUUGGAGAUGGUCGAGUCCGCGGAAAAGUCAAAUCUUGUACUUGACAAGGCCCAUGAGAACAAGGAGGAAAAAUUAAGUAGUAAUUCAUGUUCCAAUGAUGAAGGUUAUCUAAAGAAAGCAAAGUUAGAUAAGUCUAUCAAGCAACCGGAAGAGAACGAGAAUAGUAAUAGUAAGAAGGUGAAAGAGAAAAUGCAUAUGGGUCCCAAAAAUUCACAAGUUGUAACUUGCGACAAUAUUGGGAAAUUGGGAGCAAACGAGGGGCCUUCAAAGGAUCAUAAUGAGAAGAAAAAUCUUGUGAACGAAAUGAAAAACUCGUCAAAAUCUUUGACUUGUAAUGUUUAUAAGACACAGUCAAAAUUUCGUGAGGGCUCAUCCAAGGAGUAUGAUGAUGAGAAGAAUGACAAGAAUAACUUGCCAAAAUCUUUGACCUACAACGAAAACACUAAGUCAAAGAUUUUUGAGGGGGCCUCCAAGGAGUAUGAUAAUGAUAAAAAUGGCAAGAAAAACUUGCCAAAAUCUUUGACUUGCAAUGAUAAGGCAAAGUUAAAACUUCGUGAUGGUACCUCCAAGGACUAUGGUAAUGAGAAGGAUGGGAAGUUAUCUAAUGAUAACUUGCGUAAUCGGAUUGGUACAAUAUCUGAAGAUGGUGGGAGAGUUGGAGCCAAAAUUAUUGAAGUCACUCGAAGGCCGCCUGAGAAGGCCACAUGGAUGAAAUUGUCUUGGGAGAAACAAAUGGAGAUUGCACAUGAUAAAGGGAGAUUGGUUUUACUCCUGAAUUUGGAUCCACAAUAUACAUCAGGAGAGGUGGAGGUAUGGUUGCCCCAUUUCUUAUUAAACCGGUUGCUCCUUUUGAGCUCUGAUUGGUUUCAUAUUGCCAUGCACUUAUAUGUCUGCCAUGAUAUUAUUUGGCACACAUUUAGGGAAAGGUGUACUGCUCGGGUGGUGCCUCAUACUGCAAUUUCUAAUCCAUCCUCUGGUCAAGCUUUUGUUGUAUUUAAAUCAAGUGAUGCUGCAAACAAAGUUGUACAUCAACUGGAUGAGGAAUGCUUAAUGUUACCAAAUCAAAGGCCUCUGGUAGCUUGCCAUGUAAAUUUACCCAAACUAUUUGAAAAGCUGGCAACAUAUGUUGGCCAUUUGGAUAUUGAUAAAGAUCGGCGUCAAAUGCUAAGGGAAAUGAAAGAAGCUGUGUCUACAUCUCAUUACUCCCAGCAUAACACGGUUGAAUAUGAGAUGGCUAUGGACUGGUGCUUGCUGCAAUCACAAUCUGAUGCAUGGUGGAAAAGACUUUACGAGCAACAAUGGAAGGAGUUGAAGAAAAACAUGGAUGAUUUCAAGUCAAAGUGAAAAAUACGAGUGUCCACAUAUUUGCCCCCGCAGAGUGACUAAGUUGCAGGGAGUUUGAUUCCUGCUGCUGGUAAAGAGAGACAUGUUUGUCACUCUGCAAUCUGCAGUGAGAGAAUAUAAUGCCGCAUGUGUAUAUGUAGUUAUCUUGCAAUUACAACUGCUGCUAUAACCCACCUUUUUCUGUAUAGUUUGCUGUGGAGUUUUACUGAAUUUGCAUUUAACUUGUUCGAAUCAUUCUUUCAUCUGGUUAUCAUACUGCCUUCUCGGAAUUUCAGCAUUGUAUAUUGCAAUACCGCAAUACAAGUGUUUUAUGGCAUAAUGUAAUUUAUGGCAUAUACCAAAAUUUCAGUA